GUGACAACUCGAUGCACACGCACGCACGUACGCAAUACCUCGCGUCUCACGACUCCAGUUUUGGAAACAGACCGAUCGGAGCGGUUCUUCUUCCAGCGAAAAGUGCAUCUUGCGCGUAUCAUUGACCUCUACAUCGGGAUUGUAUACACGCGCGUGAGUCUUAUUGCGCGAAUUUGGAAAACGCUGAUCAAUUGGAGAUUUCCUUUCGAGGAGUCUUGUACAGUUUAUUGUUCAAGAUUUAGAACAGGCUAAUAGAAGCAUUUGUCAAAAUUGACCUAAGUACGCGACAACCAAGUGAUAGUGUGAUCUGAAGAAAGAAAACAGUGUCAACAUAAGCUGUAACAAGGUGUAUUGACAGUUCGACAAAAUGUUAAUAAAAGUCUAGUUGCAAGAGUGAUCAAUUGUGGCACAUGUGACACAACAACCGCGAUAAGCAACUUAAACAAACUCUUGAAACAAGUACGAAUCAUGGACCAAUCGAGUGAACAGUUACUGAACUGAUAAGGCUCACUGACAAAUGUGAUCACUUGUGCUUAUUUAUGCAACAGACAUAAUAGUGGCAGCAUAUAAGUGGAGACGUGCCAAUAUUUAGGAAUUCUUCUGAAAAGUUUUGUCGCAUCUAUUUUAUGCUUGGACAAUCAGUCAGCGAAUAAUAAGAAAUCAAACUAAAAAUCUCUCAAACCCAUUUGAGCAAAUAUUUUAUCGGUUUACCAUCACAUAAUUGUGCAAAAGUGAGAGGAACGUAGUCUUAUAUAAAAAUAAUUAAUAAUUAAACGUGCAAAAGGAAAAGGAGAAAAAGGAAAGCGGAAAUGGCCGGCAGCUUCGCUCUUACGCGCGGCAAUUAUGUUAAGUGGCCAAUUAGCAAUUAACCGGGGAGCCGAGCCGAGCGGCCCCUUAAUUGCGCCUGGGAAGAAGGUGGUGGCGAAGGUGGAGCGACCAAGUAAAUGGGAGGAAGUGCAAGGUGCACACGCAUCCCAACACGAAUAUCGGUCUCACAUUUAUGCUGAAUUUUCUUCAGGUGAUUUUUGCCAGCCAAUUCACUGAAUUGUUUUUAAACAUUUGUGCAAUUUGAAGGAUCCAAUGUUUUUGUGGACUGAUUGAAUCUCUGAAAUCAUUGAAGUUUAUUAAAACAACAAACAUAUUUAUGUCCUCGACACGAACAAAAGAGGUUUCUUGAUUUCUUUAUUAUAAAAAACAUCAACGCAUUGCAGCGUAUUUGAGAUCGUGAACAUCAAGAAUGUCAGAUUAUAACGUGCUCGCCGCACGCGUAAAAGGGAAGAAGUGAUCCAGAGAUCGAAUCUAUCUGGGAUUAUAGUGCAGUGAAGUUAAAUUAGUGAGCACCACGAUCUUCUUGGCGUAGGCUACGUCGUCACCGUCGGCAAGAUUCUGUCUCCCAGGUACCGGGCAAGUCCUGGGGUGGCGACAGAGACACCUGCAGGUGCCCGUAGCCCGAAGGAAUCACCUGUGUCUACCGUGAUGACGGUCCAUCAUCAACAAAACCACCACGUGGCCGCUCUUAGUGGCGUUGCCGUGGCAAAUAACGGCCUCAAUCUUAGCAGGAUGUCUGGCCUAGAGGCGCAUCGGCUGGAAAAUAUGGUCGAUCGAAAUGGUGUCGCCAUCGAACGUCUCUCCAACGGGUUGGACUCGCGCAAUAACAAUUUAAACAGCAACAACAAUAAUAAUAACAACAACGGGCUGGAAAGGGGCGACGCCUCGACGACGAUGCCACAGAGAUCGAGGUUUAUGAUCACCGACAUCCUGGGCGGCGCGUCCAGCAAGAUGCACCAGUCCGGUCUACCUAGCCAGGAGCCACCCGGAAGUCCACCCUCGACACCGCGGGACCUUAGUGUCAGGCAUCAGUCCAGAACGUCCUUGAGCACCAGUAAUCUAGACGAAGACAGUGACGCCAGCCACCACGACGGCGCUUCCGUUACGUCCAAUGGUGGCAAAGAAGAUGAUCCUAAAAGCUCGUCCUCGAGUUCCCUGGGCUCCGCACAAAGUAAGAAGCAACGUAAAGCGCGCACAGCAUUCACGGAUCAUCAGCUUCAAACCCUCGAGAAGAGCUUUGAGCGGCAAAAGUACCUAAGCGUGCAGGAUAGAAUGGAGCUGGCGGCGAAGCUGCAGCUGACGGACACGCAAGUGAAAACGUGGUACCAAAACAGAAGGACGAAAUGGAAGCGACAAACGAUCGUCGGCUUCGAGAUCAUGGCUGAGAACAAUUUUGCCGUCGCUGCCUUCCAGCAGUUGUACGGCAGCGGCGCCGCGACCAUCCCCACUCAUCCAGCCGCAGGACGUUACUGGCAGUACGCUCCUAGCGCGCACACCUUGCCCGCGAACGGAUUCUUCUAUCAGCAAGCGUCGGCGGCGGCGACUCUGCAGAAACCGCUCCCCUAUCGCCUGUAUCCGCCCACGAUGAUUCUGGCCGGGCCUAGCAAUCCCCUCGGUUCCUUGACAGCGAGUUCCAGCCUCUCGUCCUUAAGCAACUAUUACAGGGACAGCCCGGAGGUGGCCGACGGCCGAGAGUCGACGAGAAAGAGGGACAGGAGCAAAAGCCCGGAGUCGAGGGACCGAUCGCCGACCAGGAAGCAGACAAGACUGUAUCCGUUGUCGAUGAUGCAGGCAGGUCCUAGCAAUCCUCUCGGCACCCUCACGGCAACCUCCAAUCUCCCCAACAUGAACAACUAUUACAGGGGCAGCCCGGAGGAGUUGGUGGAGGGCAGAGAGAACGUGGAUAGGUCGAGGAAGCAAGAGAGGAGCAAGAGCCCGGACUCUAGGGACAGAUCACCCCUAAGAAAGGACGCCAGAGCUUAUCCUCCCGCUAUGAUCCAAGCGGGUCCUAGCAAUCCGCUCGGCUCCCUCGCGGCCGGUUCGAAUUUAUCGAAUCUGAACAACUAUUACCGAGACAGCCCGGAGAUAAUGGAUGGGAGAGAAGGUAUGAACCGGUCGCGGCAACGAGACAGAAGCCAGAGCCAGGACAGAUCGCCCGUCCAAAGGGAGGAUAGUCCUCGGAGCGUGAGGGCUGAUAGCGAUGACGAGAGCAUACACGAUAUCUAGGACACGGAGAUCUCCAAUAUCGCUGAUGACGCGUCGAAAGUAUUGCACGAAGGACGACGAGUGCAUUCUGCGGAAGAAUUAGGAAACGAAGCAAAGGACUCUGAAAGGAUCAUUUGGGAAUAGAUGAGAAGAGUCGAGUGUGAUUGAAAAUUGCGUGACUCGAGCAGCUAAUGAGAACUCUAAAGAGUCUGAAAGAAAUGACUGAUGCAUAUACUUAUUACGGGCAGUUAACACAAAAAAGUAAAGUCAAUUUCGUUCAGUGAAUCUCGAAUGAAAUCGCUCAAAUUUUAGCAGUUAACAGAUGGUAAAUGAAAAUUGAGGUAAAAGAUAUAAUCAAAUCAAUUUCUGGAUUCUGGAAGAUAGGUGAAUUCAACACAAGCAUGUGUAUAUAUUCUUGAGAAUUUUUGCAGCUAGCCAUCCCCAAAUCGCGCAGCUGUUACGACUUACAAUCAAAUGCAACAUAACGAGACUGUUUGAAGAAAAACAUCGAUAUAUAUAUAUAUGUAUUAAAAAAGCUUAAAGGGAGAGACUAUAUGUGUGUAGAAAUUAUUCGACAUCAUUAUAAAAUUUGGAAGAAGGCAAUACUUACAUCCGAGGAAGAUCUGGAUUCGCGAAGCAAAAUUCGACGAAAUUAGAUGCAAACAAAACGCACAGCGGUCGAUUAUUUUGUGAGGUAGAACAGGAAGUGACAUGGCACGGGACGUCCGGGAUUUUGUAGAUAAUGAGAACGAGCAGGAAAUAUCGUGCGGUUAACCGAACUUCGUGAUUUGAGCGUUUAGUGAAUGACGGGUUACUGUGAAACAAUACGUAUUCAAAGUCGAUGUGCGCGAUCAACGUGUAGAACGAACGAGAGUAAAAAUCCCCCGAAAUGUUGUCCUUCGGACAAAUGAGGAGACUCAUUAUGCUCGUUCAUUAUAUAUGUUUGUUCAUUAUUUUAUUUCUGCUCCUUUGUAUGGAAUAUACGCUCAUCGCGGGGUUUUAAAAUGUAUUUAUUUUCCAAUACUUUUACAAAGUGAAAUUAUUUAUGUUUACACGUUUUAUUUCGAUCACAAUUAUCGUUGAUUAUACUGUGAUAAUUAUUAUUUAAUUCGGAGAUAUAUAUAUAUAUAUAUAUAUGAUUAAUUUUAUUGCAAAGUGUUAUUCUCUCUUUAAAAUGUUCAUAAUUAGGUUACAUAUUCCCGUCGCCAUAAUUAAUACCGAUGUUUUAGACGUCAAUCCAUUAUUUCCAAGUUUCCUUGCGAAAUAUUGUAAGGCACAGAGUUUAGUACAAGCAAAUACUAUAUAUACCAUCGUCAAAAUCACAUUGUUUCGCUGUGCGAAAAAUCUAUGCUUGUACUAAAAAUAUAAUUAUCUGAUUUGUUUCAUAAUUUUUAAUUAAAUUCCAAAGUCUCAUCUGAUAAUGAGAAUAAAAAAGGACCCCAUCCACCUGCAAAAAAACCGAUCGAUGUUUACAAUCGCACGACGAAAUUUGACUUUACAAUCUACCGGGUUAUUCCAAAUCAAACGUUAUUAUCGCGACAGAAUUAACGUGAUUCGUUUAUAUAGCGACGAUUUAUAGCAGAGAACUCCAUAUCGGGUUAGAGAAUCCAGGUCGGGUUUCGUUGGACGGUUUCGUGCGUCGAGGACGGUUAUAGUCGCGCCAGGAAACGAGCCAAUCGCGGACGAACGCAAAUCUACAAUUAAUAUGACAUUAGAGGGGACCUGGCCGCGGGGGAAGAAAUCUAAAAUGACACGAAAUUACACGCGGUCGCCGUGAACGACAAAAAAAACGGGACAUGGAGGGGGCGGCAUUGAAUGAGGGAGCGGCGAGAGGGCGUCUUAACUGUUCAAAUAACCGACGUGUUCCCGUGUCGGCGAAGCGAAACCAGCAUUUUGCCCCGUCGUUUCUUCCUCAAGAAACAAGCCCGGGAAUCAGGCCCGGCUAAUUAAUAUCGACGAGACGAGCUGAGAUGUGAGCGAUGGCGACGGUCCCGAAAAUUGCACGACAGCGCCGCGACCGGUGAUUUGCGAAAGAUGAAGUUAGGGUUAGGUUAGAUUAAGGCAGACACUUUACGGGAGCAUCUUGGAAGAAUAGAUCGAUACUUAUUUCAGUGAGUACAUAUCGAUCUCGAUUUGUGAGAAGCGAAACGUAUAUUUUACACACGACAUGGACAAAAGAAACCUCGUUAAGUCGCUGUUGUCAGUUAAACGUCACAGUGAUACACAGUGGUUUGCACGAUAAACGACGAUGACGAUGCGAUGUUUGAGUCAAACGACAAUUACACGUUUCGCUCCGUGAAACAAUUGCACGCGAAAUAACAUCCUUCUUUAGGGUCAUCUAUUUCGAAUCUCACACUGAAAAUUGCUAGGAUUUUCCAGGAAACUAAUUUGUCAAAACCGACAAUGAAUUGCAACUGGCAUAUGCAACAAAUUAAAAAUGAAACUUUGUAUCUCUGAGAAACAGAUCAUUUUAGACAAUUUUUGUUGAUUGAAUUAAAUUGAUCAGAGAUUAUUAGAUGUUACGAUUUUUUUUUAUAUCGAUCAGUUCAUUUGACACAAAUAAAUCGCAACUUUGUAUUCGCGAGAGCGAAUUGCGUCGCGUUCUGUUUUGUAAAUAUAACUGAAAGUAUGAUCUAUACAUGUGUGAAAGAGAAAUACGGUGGGAGUUGUAAAUAUAAAGAAAAAAAAUUAAUCGUGGACAUAAACUACCGAGUGAAUCGAGAUAGAAAGAUUCCGCCGUGGAACUUUUGAGCCAAGGUAAUGAGAGAUACGAGAUAUUUCAAAGUAUUUUUCAGAUUUCAAUAUAGAACGUAGCGGAAAGAAUGCGAGAUGACGUUUUCGAGAUGUCGGACGUCGCAUCACAUAAUCGCGCGCGUUCGAUGUUUCGAUGACACAGCGCGUUCGAUAAAGAACAUACCAGUAUUAUAAAUGUAUAAAAUUAGGUUGUACGCGCGAAAAAAGAGAGAUAUCGCCGUAUAAGAAGAUACGAGAAGAUGCGUCGUCGAAAAUCCGAUGAAAUCGCACGGCGCAUCUAAGUAGUUAACUAACGCAGCAAAAAAGUACUUAUAUAGUAUGUGAAUCAUGCUUUGUAAAAUAAUGUCUGUAUAGCGAGAAUUAUUAUAUGGAAAAUAUAUUAUACUAAAUUUAAA